CGCCCGCGGGAGAGGCCGCGGCCGCGCGAACAUGGCGGCGGAGAUCCACUCCAGGCCGCAGAGCAGCCGCCCGGUGCUGCUGAGCAAGAUCGAGGGGCACCAGGACGCCGUCACGGCCGCGCUGCUCAUCCCCAAGGAGGACGGCGUCAUCACCGCCAGCGAGGACAGAACCAUCCGAGUAUGGCUGAAAAGAGACAGUGGUCAGUACUGGCCCAGCAUUUACCACACAAUGGCCUCCCCUUGCUCCACCAUGGCUUACCAUCACGACAGCAGACGGAUAUUUGUGGGCCAGGACAACGGCGCUGUGAUGGAAUUUCAUGUUUCAGAAGAUUUUAACAAAAUGAACUUUAUCAAGACCUACCCAGCUCAUCAGAACCGGGUGUCUGCAAUUAUCUUCAGCUUGGCCACAGAGUGGGUGAUCAGCACCGGCCACGACAAGUGCGUCAGCUGGAUGUGCACCCGCAGUGGGAACAUGCUGGGCCGGCACUUCUUCACUUCCUGGGCGUCGUGUCUGCAAUACGAUUUUGAUACUCAGUACGCUUUUGUUGGCGACUAUUCUGGGCAGAUCACCCUGCUGAAGCUGGAGCAGAACUCCUGUUCAGUUAUUACAACCCUCAAGGGACACGAAGGUAGUAUUGCGUGCCUGUGGUGGGACCCCAUUCAGCGGUUACUCUUCUCCGGAGCUUCUGACAACAGCAUCAUCAUGUGGGACAUUGGAGGCAGGAAAGGCCGGACGCUGCUGCUUCAGGGCCAUCAUGACAGGGUGCAGUCGCUGUGUUACCUUCAGCUCACAAGGCAGCUGGUUUCCUGUUCCUCGGACGGUGGGAUUGCAGUGUGGAACAUGGACGUUAGCAGAGAAGAGGCUCCUCAGUGGCUAGAGAGUGACUCUUGUCAGAAAUGUGAGCAGCCCUUUUUCUGGAACAUAAAGCAGAUGUGGGACACAAAGACACUGGGGUUGCGACAGCAUCACUGCAGGAAAUGCGGGCAGGCUGUCUGUGGGAAGUGCAGCAGCAAGCGCUCCAGUUACCCCGUCAUGGGCUUCGAGUUCCAAGUCCGGGUUUGCGAUUCCUGCUAUGAUUCCAUCAAAGACGAAGAUCGGACUUCUCUAGCAACCUUUCAUGAAGGAAAACAUAACAUUUCCCACAUGUCCAUGGACGUUGCUAGGGGACUGAUGGUGACCUGUGGGACGGAUCGUGUGGUAAAGAUAUGGGACAUGACACCUGUGGUGGGCUGCAGUCUGGCAACUGGAUUUUCUCCACAUUGAUCCAGGAACUUGGCGAUGUCUACACCUUGUGAGCAGCAGUUUCCACCAAAAGAAAUUCUUCCCAUGUAGCCCCAUGGUCCCUGUCAUGUGAAUGGACAGUAGCCACUUAAAACAGUCCACACUUUUAAAAAGAAAAAUGUAAAGGUGUGUCUUUGGGGGGCAUUUGUGGAACCUACCAGUGGGGACUGUGUUGGAAAAGGUCCUGCAGUGGUUCCCUGUGGAACGGGAUUUCUUCAAGGAAGCUCUCAUGAGCAGCGAACUGAUGCGUGAUGAGAGUCAUCUAGCCAGUGAGGGUUUCAGAGAGGAAAACAUUGAAAAAAACAUUAAUGCUUAGAACUUUCUUAAAGCAGUCCCAAGUACAAACACUCAGACUAGCGGGCCUCCCAGGUCUCCAUGGCUCUGUGUCAGAGCAGGAAUGACAGGAAGGAGGACUUGUUCUCUCUUUCUUGAGGGGUGGCAAUAGGAACUUAAGAAACCAGACAGCUCUCCUUAUAUGCUGGCUGUGUACGAAUAUUCUCUACAUUUAGUUACCAAUAAACUUCUCAAAGAUAUCUGUUCUCUCCAGGUAGUGCCAUAGUCUGCACCUAGCAUUUGGCUUGCUUCACUUGUUCUCUUCCCAGCCAGUGUGCCGUGGGCAAACCCUUGCAAUUGUCGUUAAGUUGUGAAAUUUCUAGAAUAACCAUGGCAGUCCACAUUCUCUCCUUUCCCGGAAACGUGCUUUGAGGACAAAACUUUUCUAUGGUGCUGUUUUCACGGGAGUCACAUGAGCCGUCUGACUUGUUCUCAUUGCAGUUAGGAAGGACUAAUGGAAAAUCCAGCUAUCAGCCCGACGGUGAGGGGAAAUGACCAGUCUGUUCCAUGGACUAGUCCAGCACUCCUAACAGACACCUUCUAUUUGUGGCUCCCACAGGAGCCACUCCACAGCUUUUAAACAAUGUUGACGUUAGUUGUAACUGGAAUUAUUUGUAUUUGGUAGAAGGAAAUUGGUCUGUCAGUAUCAAUCAGGUUGUGCAGAGUUACUCCUAAAUUGUAAAUCACUUUCUUAACAACUAGCAAAGUUGUCCUUACUGGCAUUAAAGCCUUUGGCCACAGAGAACCAGGAUGAGGCAGAGGUGGGGAAUGGGAAGCCUAUUUUUUUAAUAUUCAAAUAUUUAUGUAUGUGUGUUUUUUUUAAUAAUUGUAAAUGUAUCAUUAAUUUAGGGCUAUGGAAGUGAGUGGAGAAGAGCCUACUUUUUUAAACAACAGAUAUACAUAUAGCAACAGUAUCUUUGUUAGUCUUACAAUGGAUAUUGGUUUAAAAAAACCACUCAGUACUGCAUCACUACAUUGGGAUCAUAUCAAGGCAGCAUAAUAUUUCUAUGUGAUGAAACUAGGGGACUAAAUCUGUUUUAUAACUUCUUAAAGGGACUAAAAAGCUUAAGACAGACGAUUAAACUAAGAUGUCUUAAUGGCCAUGGGACAGGGAUAAAAAGGAAAAAGAAGGCAGCAGGGCACAUCAUGUUCUGGACCCAUCUGCAUUGAAGGUUGGCUUGUCUUCAAAAAAUAAGACUGAGAGUUUUUGUUGUUCCUUCUAAUUUUUGUGUUGCAUCACUUGAAAGAGGAAUUUCCUUUAAAAACUUUUCCUAGGUUCUUUCCAAAAUGUGUAUCACUAACAAAAUUUGGAAGAAAAAUUGAAUGAUGGUAAGUCAUUUUUAUACCCCAAGGUCAAACAUCAAGCUUCUUACAUUAACUUUAGUUUGGUUCGUGGUUCAGUCCACACAAAGGUGCUGUCCUGGGGAUUUUUAUUAAGCCCUGAAAGGAAAAUGGAAUAUGGUUGCUUCCUUGCCCUGUGGAAGAGUGCUGAACUGUGUUUUUGUUUUCCUUUAACUUCUACUGUCUGAGGCAGAUCGAACAGUUUCACAGCUGCUGAAAAUACUGUAUAGCUUCCAAACUGUUUUUGUUUUAAAAAUGUCUUGAUGACAAAACCCUGUGUCCCAUAGAGAACAUAAAGCUGUAGUAGUGCCUCCUAAGGGAGUGAGUUAAUAUCAAUCAAGAAGGAAAUGUGUAUUUAAGGAAGAAUUGAAGUAUCUCAGAAAAGCAAAGAGAAUGCUUCAAUAUAAUCUGCUCUCCACAAGCCUAUUAACAUUUUCCUAUCUGAAAACAUACAUGCCAGGCUUGUCUUCUCUCAAAUACACACUAGGUAGCAAAUGGGGUAAUAUUUUUUACACAAGUGGGCAAAGUUGUUUUCUCAAUUUUACUGACUAGGCACACAAAAAGAGGGACAGAUGGGCUUCUAGUUACUGCCUUAUUUUGACUGCAUCUCUCUUGAAAGGGUCAUUUAAAAUGGUGAUUCAAGAAACAAUUUACUGGUCUUUCCAUUUCUGAAUACUCAAUCUAACUUGUACAAACAGGGAUUAAGAAGCCCAGACUAUCAGAGAAGAUCCUUGUAUUUAGAGCUGGUAUGUAUGUGAUAAGGAAAUGCCAAUUCAUCAUUAUAAAAACGCUUUAAACUUGCCCUCUGUUAGUCCAGGUGAUAACAAUACCCCUAUAACAUUUAAUCAUUACAUUGUAAACCUCCAUUAACUGAAGUCCUGUUUCCGUCCUGCUACCAGAGGAUAUAAAAAUAUCUCUCAAGAAGGUUCGACCUUGCUUUUCCCCAAAGAGUUCAGUUUGUAAGUACCCACAUUUUUUGAACUGUUGAAACUGACCCAGAUAUGACCACAGUAGCUCAGACCCAAGGAGAUAUUUUCUAGAAUCAGUUUUCCUUAAAGUGCUUUCUACUUCUGUUACUGGAUCUGGUAUCUCCUAAAAUCUAAGAAACCAGUUACUAUUAAUGAUUAAACCAUCUGCUCAUUAUAAAUGGGAGGUUUAACAAAUAAGUAAUAUGGUCUAUACUUUUCAGGUGUCUAUUGCUUAAUUGUUAAUUGUGAGCAGAUUGUUGAAUGCCCACUCUAUUUUCUGCAGUUUACUAUAUGGUAACUCUUUGUGUAAGCUGAAGUUUAAUUGUGCAACAAAUUUAUAUUAGAGUACAAUUUAAAGUGUUUUUCUCUAUAGCCUUUUUUGACAUGGUAAACAAAAGGUAAUGUUAUUGGUACAAUUUGUUCUUUUACUAGCUAUGUUUCUAUAAGAUAUGGUGCCCUGUGUAUCCCAGAGAGGCUAGGAAACUUUGUUCCUAUUUAUGUGUUCUGUUUUUGUGUUUUGGCGGGGAAUAUGCAUACAAUAAAAUAUUCCUUGCUUGUUA